AUUAUCAGCAUACUUUAUUGUAGGAAUACUAUUUGAUGUUUGGACAUUACAUUUUUACAAUGCAUUCUUAAAAUAUCUUGAAUACAAAUAAUUUAUGUAUUAUAUUUAAAGUGGAUUUGAAUUAAAGUUUGACGAGGGACUAAACAGUUAGUGUGCUAUACAAUAUUGCAUUUCAGUAUAUUAUAAAUAUCUUUAAUUUCUUUGACCCACAAUGAGACAAUGCCGUACAAAAGCAUAAUCUAUGGUGGAGUACAGCCUGGCAAAGUCAUCAUCAUCCAAGGAGUCAUCAGCCCACAAGCAAAAAGGAUAUGUUUUAAACUACGGUACAUAACUGGAAUUGCGUUGGAAUACAGUCUUCGUUUUGAUGAGAAUGUGGUUGUAUGCAACAGUUAUGAUGAUGGGACAUGGGGCAAGGAGGAACAAUGUGGAUGCAUGCCGUUUAAAAGAGGGCAACCACUGCAGGUCACCAUUUUCUGCACUCAUCAAAAUUUCGAGGUCUUUUCCAACGGUGAAAAAGUUCACACUUACAGCCAUCGCUACAGUAAUCUGGAGAACAUUGAUGUUUUAGACAUUUGUGGAGACGUGCAGCUCAGCUUUGUGCAGCCCUGACAAAGACUUCAUCCAGAUCUAUGAGAAAUACAUGUUCAAAACCUGCAUCAGUCUAUAUAAACCUGUAUGCCAAAGAUGAUUAUUCAAAUGCAAAGAUGUUUUGCUUGCCUGCAUAUUAAUCUGAGACCAGUGGGACUGUCCACAGCUGCAUAAAUAACUAAAAAUGAAUAAACACUGUUCUGCAUGCA